CUGUCAUUCUGUUUCUGUGGGUUCAGUAUUGUCAUUUUUUGCACAAAAAAUUAAAUUUAAAGAAACAUAUAAAAUAGGAAUAAAUCUACAUAGAAUAACAUAAAUAAGGGCCUUUAGUUUAGGAAUACAUGUUAUUUAAUCACGCAAAUUAUCUCGCUAUAAUGUAAAUUGUAAACUUAAAUGUUUCUUACGUUUUGAAGGACUGUAUUUGUAUAAAAUGUUUAGACCAUUUAACAGAAGAAUAUUCUACAAAACGGCCCAGCGUCUUAUUCCAUCGGGUGUCAUAAUACCAUUUAUUAAGUCUAAUAAUGAAAAUGACUAUAAUUUGCUGGAACCAUUAAAAUCACCAGCAGCAAAAACUGGUUGGGACAGAGUAAAGGAAAUGUAUAGUACGAACGACUCUGAUGAAGUUUCCCUUGAAAUGCACAAUGUUUUACAAGCUUCUAUGGUUGGUGUAUUUUUUGGUGUUAUAUAUGGAGGUUUCAUGAAAUCAAGGGAUGCCUAUUUAUACUUUUUGGAGAAUAAUCAAGCAACUAUUUUUAAGUCCACAUUUGAAGCAAAGAAAAAACUCCAAGACUAUGUAACAAUAGCUUUUGCUAAGGGAGGCUACAAAUGGGGCUGGAGACUUGGAUUCUUCACAGGCUUGUACAGCUUGGUAGCGACAACUAUAUCUGUCUACAGAGAUAAGAAUUCAGUUCUGGAGUAUGUAGUGGCUGGGACAAUCACUGGUGCUAUUUAUAAGUGUAACUUGGGUCUUGCUGCCUCCAUGGUAGGAGCUGGUCUUGGUGCUGCUUUAAGUUUAGUUGGUGGCAUCUGUAUCAUAGCAGUAUUGAAAAUAUCUGGAGUCAGUAUGGCUGAUAUCAGGAAAUCUCUAUAUACAAUUAAAGAAACUAGGCAAAAAUAUUACAAUAAAGGGCUAGAAUCGGCCUCGUCUGAGAAAAAUGACGCGUUAACGAGGAAUCACGAUGAAAUAAUAGAGGCAAAGGGAGAGAAGACAAUUGAACAAAUAUAAGUAUAUUAUCGUUUGGUACAAAUAAUAACUAUACGUCGUAGCAGUCAAUGUUAUACUUUUUAUUAGGUACCAUUGACAAAAUUGAAUCAGUAUCCACUUUGCUGAUAAUUCUUUUAAAAUCAUCCAUCAGUCCAGUGCACCAUUGAUAUGUAUGACAAUUGAUGGACUGUCAGUGCCUAAUAAAAUAAUAAUAGUUACUUAGGAAAUGUAUGUUCAAGCGAAUUUCGACCUACUUGUUUUUUAUGACUGUAGGAAAGGUGGGUCACGAUUCAAUUUGGUCGACCAAUAACAUGGUUGUAUUGCUUGUUAUAGUUAUGUUAUAAAUGUUUAUUUUCAAGCUCAGUCACUAAAUGACCCAACGGAUUGAAUUUGUCUCUUAUUAUAACCCGUAAGGAUUAUUCUCAAAUGAUAUCGAACAGUGUAAUUAAAAUAGUAAACAAGAAAAAUUCAACUUGUAAAAUCAAUACUUACGAAACAGGUAUGUUACGAUUGAUAGUACUUUGGGACCUAAAGCCAAUACACAGCCAUCUACCGGCCUAAAGUUUAGGCCGGUAAAUUGCUGUUGAAUAUAAAAUUCGCGAAAGUUUGACGUUACCUUUCUAGCUUUAGUAGAAAAUUUAGAAACACCUACCCUGAGUUAGCCAAGUGAGUAUAAGCUUAGCAUAAUCUUUGAUUUCUAUUUUAUAGUCAUUUCACAGCUGAAAUUAUCCUGAGCUAAGCUAAGACAGCCCAAUACAAAAGUUAGGUUUACGUUUUAUCACACUUAAGUUAAAGUCUAACGGCCGUUCCCAAUAUACUAUCAACAGAUUGAGAUAAUUUACUACCUUCUACUGUCAGUAAUUACCUGUCAAUAAUCUGAAGCUGUCCCAAUAUACCCGACAAGUCAUUCUUAUCGCCAGAUCACUUUUACAAUUUCCAUACAAACUUCUAUCCCUGGUAAGCUAUACGUCGUCUUAUUGACAGACAGCGUGUACGGAUAUGACGAGUUACCGUCGAUAACUUUAUUGGGACAGAAAAGUCAAUGAUUGUUACGAUUUUUUAUCUCAAGUAGGACACAACCGGAGAUAGACUGAAUAUUGGGAAUGGACGUAAGUACGCUUUAUAAAUCUGAGCCUAAGUGUGGCAAUUUCAAAGGAUUGUAGUGCUCGCCCGCUCUACUUUAUCUCUUUCAUAAAUUUGCGAUCCGCGAUUAAUAGUUGCUCCAUUUCCUGUUUUCGGCAUUUCAAUAACCAAUAUUGAGUGUUUCAAUAGAUAAUCUCUCUUUUCUAUGUUUUAAAUUGUUAUUUGUAUGUAUGUGACAGAGAUGCGUCUGCUAUACUAAAGAAAUUUGUAAAUUCAUUGACAUAUUGAAAUGCAUCCUACAAGAUAGAUUGAUGGAUCACAUAAUAUAUGGAUUUUAAAUAAUGUUACUAGAGACUAGACAUAUUAUAAAUAGAUAGAUAGCCAAUUGUGCAUUUGGUAGUUUUAUUUGUACAUUUGAAUAAUUUCUGUAUUAUAAUUGUCAUAUGCAGUAAUGUAAGAAUUUUCAAAUUUGUACAUUGAAUGUAAAUAAAUUGUUUUAUUUAAAAA